UUCCAUUGCCUCUUUGAUCCUUGUUUGGUUGCCCAGAAAAUUAAAAAGAAAAUAGAUGAAGCUUUGUUGUUGUUUGUGGAAGCAGAAAGAAUGAUGUCUUCCUUUGCGUGCUAAUAAACAUUCUUUUCUUUAAGUUUGGAACCAUGAGAUUCAAGAAAGGAACUAAAGUAGAAGUGUUGACCAAAUCAUCAGUUCCAUCUGGUGCUUGGCGAUCUGCUGAGAUUAUAACUGGUAAUGGGCAUUAUUACACUGUCAUGUAUGAUAGUGAAGGUACUACAGAGAGGGUACCGAGGAAGAGCAUGAGACCUGAGCCUCCUCCUCCUCCUUUUCAAGUUCUACAUUCUUGGGCUCCUGGUGACCUUGUUGAGGUUUUAGAGAGUUGUUCCUGGAAGAUUGCAAUCGUUUCCAACGUUUUGGAGAAUGAUUGUGUUUUGGUUAGGUUACUUGGUUCCUCGUUGACUCUCAGGGCAAACAAAUCCGACAUUCGAGUUAGACAAUCUUGGCAAGACAACGAGUGGAUCAUGGUCGGGCAGGGUACAUCGAGAUUAAGUGCACAGACUUCGACAGGAAAGUUACGGAGAAAGCUGAAUCUGAAGUGUGUUUCAUCUGAGAAGCUCAAUGAGUCUCACGUAAAAGGUCCAAAGAAAAGGACAUACACUUUGGUUGAACCACACAAUCAAACUAGACAAGUUGAAGGAAAAAAAGAAGAAGACAGAGAGAGUGUUGCGUCUUCUGUUGGUAGUUGUAACAUGGACACCUAUGGUUUAACUACUGUCUCUUUCCAUCGUCCCAUAGAAACUGGUGACUCUAGUGACACAGAGUCAUCAUCCUCUUAUGGCCACCAAAGCAUCAAGAUCGAGAAUAAGUUGGAUGUUCACAGGCAAGAGCUGGAUGCAUACCGAUUCAGCAUUGGGAGACUGCACGCAUCAUCAGGACCCAACAUAACAUGGGAACAAGAAACCUGGAUCACAAAUCUCCGUCUGAGGUUGAACAUCUCCAAUGAGGAACAUCUGAUGCAGAUAAGAAACCUCAUCUCUGAUGAUAACAGUACAUCAUACAGAUAGCAAGAGCAUCAUUGCCAACUACAACUUGUGUUACAUAGAAUAAAAAGUUGAGCCUAGGUUGUAUUUGAACAUGUUUAUUUUUCUCCUUAUGGUUACUUGAGAGAGACCUUCAAAGUAUAUAUUAUAUGAUUGAUUCCUGCAA